CCAAGAGCUUGGAGGGCGUGAAGCAGUUUUAUUUGAGCCUCUCACGUGAAUUUCUUUAUAACGGUCCGCACUAAAUUUGACCAUUAUUUUUUGUACGGUUCCCAUGUCAUUAUACACCUGAGUUAUAAUCAUUGGAAUACGAGUUGGCUCGUAUUCAAAUUUGGCAGAAGCUAAACUGCAAAUUUUAUAUCUUUCCUUUGAUGGUCGCCACGUCUCAUUGCACUUCCACCGCCGAGAUUUGCCUCGUAUUCCACCCUAUAAAUUCCAAAUGAAAUUUGGAAAUUUCCAACUUUACAUAUACUAGUAAGCUGAGCUCUCAAAAAGUAGAAGAUAAGUAUGUCAACGAUCACAGUGCCAUCUCCCACUCCCUCUCCCACCGAGGACUCUGAACAGCUCAGGAAGGCUUUUGAAGGUUGGGGCACAAAUGAGAAAUUAAUUAUAGAGAUAUUGGGACACAGGACUGCAGCACAGCGCAAAGUGAUCAGGCAAACAUAUACUCAGUUGUAUGAGGAGGAUUUCCUGAAGAGAUUGGAAUCAGAACUCACACACGAUUUUGAGAGGGCUUUGCUACUCUGGGUACUGGAACCCGGAGAACGCGAUGCUCUUCUCGCACAUGAAGCAAUCAGAAAGUGGACUCCAAAGAAUAGGUCACUUUUGGAAAUCUCCUGUGCUCGGUCUUCAGCUGAACUGUGGACGGUGAGACAAGCAUAUCAUGCACGGUACAAAAAGUCUCUUGAAGAAGAUGUUGCUUCACAUACACAGGGAGACUUCCGUAAGCUCUUGGUUGCCCUUGUAAGUUCAUAUCGAUAUGAAGGCCCAGAAGUGGAUAUACGCUUGGCCAAGUCUGAAGCCAAACAACUGCAUGAGGCCAUCAAAGAAAAGGCUUUUAAUCACGAGGAACUCAUUCGGAUAUUGAGUACAAGAAGCAAAGCUCAGUUGAAUGCCACUUUCAAUCAUUACAAAGACGAAUAUGGUCAUCAUAUCAACAAGGCCUUGAAGAAUGAGAAACCAGAGGAGUUUCUAGAUGCAUUGCGAGUUGUUAUCAAAUGCAUCUGCUUCCCUGAAAAAUACUUUGCCAAGGUUUUGAGGCUAUCUAUAGAUAAACUUGGGACAGAUGAAGAUGGACUUCUGAGAGUGGUGGUGACUCGUGCUGAAGUUGACAUGAAGUGUAUCAAAGAGCAGUACUUCAAUCGAACUAGCAGGUCACUAGAGCAUGCAAUAGCAGCCGACACUUCUGGAGACUACCAAGACUUUAUGCUUACAUUGAUAGGAAAAGAUUAAAGAAGUCCAAUUUGAGCUCUUAUCUCUGUUACUAUGUUUCAGUUCAGCUUAUUUGUUUUAAGAUCUGAUGAUAGAAACUGCCAUGUCUGUGCUAUUGUAAGUUUGAUUUUUCUUUUGAGUGUUACCAAAUUGCUACUGGUGAUUAUGUUGCUAAUAUUUUAUAUAUAUAUAUGAGUGUUUACAUGAACAUAUUUCUUUAAUAUCUUUAUAAAUAUAAGUUGAUUAAAUUUAUUUUCA